UUCUCCGUAUACUUGGCCCAGGAGUUCCCUCGUCUUCUUGAUUGGGUUCAAAAUUACAAAGACUACGAAGCUUUACAUUGGUAAACGUAAACUCAAAAAUUGGGUAGGCGGAGAUAGAUUGUAGCCCCCACCCAUAUUUUGAGGGUCAGUAUACCCUGGAGAAAACCCUAUCUAAUCUCAAAUCACAUUCCAAAUGCAAUUGAGCACAAACUUUACCUUUUCAGAAUUACAAAUUUUAUUCUUUGACUAUUCAGACUUUUGAAAUUUCCCAAACAUUUGACUUUUGAAAACUUUUUUCGUCUUUUCAGACCGCUGAAAAACUUAUUAAUUUUCUUCUUCACAUUUUAGGUAUGUUUCAAAAUUUUUCAACAUUGAUCACUGAAUUGAUUUCUUAUGCCAUUGUCUUAUACAAUCGAUGAUAUUCCCAACGCAUUGUUCCUCCAAUACCUAAUGCUCUAUUAUUCUGUAAACUUCUCAUUCGUUUUUUUUCUUCCAAAUUUUCAUUGUACUUUAUAUUUUGUAAGCCAUUUAUACUUGUUGUUGAUGUAAUUAUUUGUGUUUUAUGUAUGUUUAAUGUAUGUUUUGUAUGUAGAAUGUAUGUUCUACUCUCGUGUGCCCUUGAAUAGGGCGGGUCGGGAUACGAAUAAACAAUACCUUGGGGAAAAAAGGUUUAUUCAAGGGAUGUACGUUUUUGUGUCUGAUUUCGUAACUUAAAAUACUGUCUGUACUAACUGAUUAGUAUAUUUGAGGUCACCUUUAUGAACCAUAAACAUUGAGUCUAAGUGCGUAAAAAUCAGAUCAUUAGAUAAAAAGUUAUGCAGGGUAUUUCUUUCUUAUUGCGCAAUGGACAUUUACAAUUUUUAUUAAUCUAAAUAUCAAUAAUUAUCUUGUUACUGGACUUUUAUUUGCAAAAGUGCAAAACGCGUUAACACAUUUAAAUACCUUUGUCUAGCCAAAGGGGAGACAAAAAUUAGAAUAUAAAAUAAUAAAUUUAAAAAAAAAACGAAUGAACAACUCAGCAGGAGGUAACCACAAAUAUACAAAAACAAUGUAAUAAAUAUGACGAAAAAUAUUUCAAAAAAUAUAGUAUAUGAAUAUUAAAAAAAAUCAUGAAGAGAACAUAAUAUAGAAUUUCAUGCUGCGUAAAAGUUAAUAAGAAAAAGGUUUAAAAAGUAAAAAUAAAUAUUAAAAAAAAAAAUAAUCAAGAACAUAAUUAUUUCCCUUUUAAAUGAAGAAAUGUUCGUUUUUAUUACAUCAAUAAAAAUGCCAUAUUUCGAAAUCUAUACAGGCAACUAAUGUAUGCAAUUAACUCUCAGAUAGAUAUAAAUUGUGUUUUCCUGUUAGUUGCGUAUUUUGAUUGAAUAAUUAUGACCAUAACUUUUCGAAUACGAAUGGAAUUUAAAUAUUCGACUAAUCAGUGAAGGUCGAAUCGGAAGAAGUUACAUUCAUCCCGAUAAAACCACCCUUUCUUGAUCCUUCAAUGAGCGUGCGCACAUUUUGAGACGAUUUUCGCCACCCCUGAUUCCAAAAGAGACACUUUUUAUCGCACUCAUGGCAGCCCCAAGGAAAAGACUUGUCUCAAUCAAGAGUUACAGCAUUGAGCAUGGUUAUCCAUCGAGACGAAGAUCCCUGGUUGGAGAUGCUAAGUUUGAAACAGUCAAAAAUAAAGAGGCCAAAGAAUCUUGGAUUUUGGAGCAAAGGAAGAAAUCAGAAGAUGAAAAGCUUUCAGAAGAAGAAGCAUACCUUGUGAGUGAAGAAGCAGCUCCACAGCAAGUGAAUCUGGUGUUAUCUGUGAAAGAUGCUUUCAGUACUCUUCCUCGAAUACUCAAGAUUAUUCAAUCUUGUCAAAGCAGUAUACUUCAUUUUGAAAGUCGGGCGUCGAAGAAAGAAAACUAUGAAUUCGACGUUUUGAUCCGUCUGGAUACGACUAAAGAUAAGAUGCUGAAUAUCAUAAAAGCACUGAAAGCAAACUCAGUCCAAGACAUCAGUAUUUUACUUGAAGAAAAAAUUAGCAUCAAAGAUCCAUGGUUCCCGAGGCACAUCAGUGAUUUAGAUUUUUGCACUCACGUACUAAGCAAGUUUGAACCUGAGUUGGAUCAUGACCAUCCAGGGUUUUCUGAUGUCGCCUAUCGAGCAAGAAGAAAGGAAAUAGCAGAGAUAGCUUUCUUUUACAAGCAUGGUGAAAAAAUACCAACAGUCAAAUACAAUGAAAUUGAAACUCGUACUUGGGGAGUCGUGUUUCAAAAUUUGAAGCUUUAUUUGCCAACACAUGCUUGCCAACAAUAUUUGGAUGUGUUUUCAGUCUUGGAAAAGGAAUGUGGAUACAGAGAAGACAACAUUCCACAACUAGAAGACGUAUCAAACUUUCUGAAAAAGAGAACAGGCUUUCAAGUUCGACCAGCUGCUGGUUUGCUGACCGCUCGAGACUUUUUAGCGAGUCUUGCUUUUCGAGUUUUUCAAUCCACUCAAUAUGUUCGACAUGGUUCUUCGCCUGAUCAUUCACCUGAACCUGACUGCAUUCAUGAACUUCUGGGUCACAUUCCAAUGCUUGCUGAUCCAAGUUUCGCCCAAUUUUCACAAGAAAUAGGUCUUGCAUCGUUGGGUGCCGCUGACAGUGACAUUGAAAAGUUUGCCACGCUCUACUGGUUCACAGUAGAAUUCGGUCUAUGUAAGCAAAAUGGCAAGACUAAGGCAUAUGGCGCUGGUUUGCUAUCUUCUUACGGAGAGUUACAGCAUUCGCUGUCCAAUAAGCCAGAACAUCGGAUAUUUGAUCCUGAAAAAGCAGCGGUACAGCCAUACCAAGACCAGGAUUACCAAGACAUUUACUACGUAGCUGAAUCCUUUGAAGACGUUAAAGAAAAGUUUAAGAGUUAUGUCUCUCAUAACCUGAAACGUGAUUUCGAGGUGCACUAUGAUGCCUUCACACAGUCCAUUAAAGUGCUGGACAGUGUUGAAAAGUUGCAACAGCUUUCGGACAGCCUCCGCACGGAAACAACUCGACUUACAAGCGCAAUCAAGAAAUUAAGUGUUUACUAAACUGCAUACGAAGUUACCACUGUUAGUUUAUAGAACAGUCAACUCUUUCAAUAACAAAAUAAUCAAUAACCUAGUUUAUUAAAUAAAGUACCCCUUUGGAUUUAUUUUUCUCAAUUUUAUGCAUCCAAG